AUGUGGUUCCGCGGGGAGGUCAGGCCGCUAACUGUGGAUGACUCAAAGGAUGGAAAGGAGAGCAAGGAAGCAAUCCAUGGGCAAGUAGACAGUCUCGAGAAGUUGGCUGGUGGCGAGAAGGUUCAGGAGGGAGUCAGAGCGUCGGUGGAGGAGACCCGGAGGAACCCCGUGGGGAAGGACGUGGAGGAACCUGCGGAUGGGCUGGAACGGGAUGGGGAUUCGUUUGGGAGUCUGGAUAUUGUCUCCUCGCGGAAGAGACUCAGAGAACCGAGCGACUAUGAGAUCUGUGAAGGAGAGGAGCGUGAAAAAGGAUAG